CGCUCUCAGCCAAUGAACCACCACCCAAGUGGGUUGGUCCAAGACACGUUAUAAAGAGGCAGGCGAAGGAGAAAGAGGAGGUGACAGGGAGGUGCGCGGGGUUCCAGGCUUCCCAGCGACAGACAGCGGUCGGGGACUAACCAUGUGCGGUAUCUUCGCUUAUUUGAAUUACAAAGUACCUCGGACAAGGAAAGAGAUAUUUGAAACACUGAUAAAAGGACUGCAAAGACUAGAAUAUAGAGGGUAUGAUUCUGCAGGUGUUGCAAUUGAUGGGAAUAAUAAUAAAGAUAAAGAACGGUACAUCAAAUUGGUGAAAAAAAGAGGAAAAGUAAAGGCUCUUGAUGAAGAAUUGCAAAAGCAAGAAGGUUUGGAUUUAAAGGCAGAUUUUGAGACACAUUUUGGCAUCGCUCACACUCGGUGGGCUACUCACGGAGUACCAAAUGCUAUCAACAGUCAUCCCCAACGAUCAGAUAAAAGUAAUGAAUUUGUUGUUAUCCAUAAUGGAAUCAUUACAAAUUACAAAGACCUACGGAAGUUUUUGGAGACCAAAGGUUAUGAAUUUGAAUCUGAAACAGAUACUGAAACAAUUCCAAAACUGAUCAAAUAUGUAUAUGAUAAUAAAGAAACUGAAGACGUGAGUUUUUCUGUCUUGGUGGAGAGAGUCAUUCAGCAGCUGGAAGGUGCAUUUGCGCUGGUAUUCAAAAGCAUCCAUUAUCCAGGGGAAGCUGUUGCUACCAGGCGGGGGAGUCCUCUACUUAUUGGAGUUCGUAGUGAAUCUAAGCUUUCUACAGAACAAAUUCCCAUUUUAUAUCGAACAUGUAAUAUAGAAAAUGUAAAGAACAUAUGCAAAACUCAAAUGAAAAGACUGGACAGUUCAACCUGCCUUCAUGCUGUGGGUGAUAAAGCGGUUGAAUUUUUCUUUGCUUCAGAUGCAAGUGCCAUAAUUGAACAUACCAACAGAGUUAUUUUUCUGGAAGAUGAUGACAUUGCAGCAGUGGCUGAUGGAAAGCUUUCCAUUCAUCGGCUAAAACGUGCUGCUACUGAUGACCCAUCUCGAGCCAUUCAAACUUUGAAAAUGGAGCUGCAGCAGAUCAUGAAGGGGAAUUUCAGUGCUUUCAUGCAGAAGGAAAUAUUUGAACAACCAGAAUCUGUUUUCAAUACUAUGAGAGGACGAGUGAACUUUGAAACCAACAAAGUUCUUUUAGGUGGCUUGAAAGAUCACUUGAAAGAAAUCAGAAGAUGCCGUCGAUUAAUAAUUAUUGGAUGUGGAACCAGUUAUCAUGCUGCUGUGGCUACACGACAAGUAUUGGAAGAACUGACUGAGCUACCUGUCAUGGUGGAACUGGCUAGUGAUUUUCUGGAUAGAAAUACCCCUGUAUUUCGAGAUGAUGUGUGCUUUUUUAUCAGUCAGUCAGGAGAAACAGCUGAUACCUUGAUGGCUUUACGGUAUUGUAAGAAUCGUCGAGCUUUGACUGUUGGCAUUACAAACACUGUGGGAAGUUCAAUAUCCAGGGAUACGGAUUGUGGUGUACAUAUCAAUGCAGGACCUGAAAUUGGUGUUGCAAGUACAAAGGCUUAUACCAGCCAGUUUAUUUCUCUCGUACUGUUCGGUCUGAUGAUGUCGGAAGACAGGAUAUCCUUGCAAAAAAGAAGACAGGAGAUCAUAAGUAGUUUAAAGUCAUUACCUGAAAUGAUUAAAGAAGUACUGUCUUUGGAUGAGAAAAUACAUGAUCUGGCACUUGAACUAUAUAAACAACGAUCACUUUUGGUUAUGGGUCGUGGAUAUAAUUAUGCCACUUGCUUGGAAGGGGCACUGAAAAUCAAAGAGAUCACAUAUAUGCAUUCUGAAGGCAUCCUGGCUGGAGAACUGAAGCACGGACCACUGGCUCUGAUAGAUAAACAAAUGCCUGUUAUUAUGAUAAUUAUGAAGGAUCCCUGCUUUUCCAAGUGCCAGAAUGCUUUACAGCAGGUCACUGCCCGACAGGGUCGUCCUAUUAUUUUAUGUUCUAGAGAAGAUACAGAGAGCUCCAAAUUUGCUUACAAAACAAUUGAGUUGCCACAGACAGUUGAUUGUCUACAGGGAGUCUUGAGUGUGAUCCCUCUACAGCUGCUUUCAUUCCACCUGGCUGUUCUCAGAGGAUAUGAUGUGGAUUUCCCGAGAAAUUUGGCUAAAUCUGUGACUGUAGAAUAAGUAUUGUGUUACAAAAUAUAGCCUGAUAAUUUCAUGAUGCUAAGUUAGGGUUUGUUUAACCUAACAUUGGCUGGUUUUAGUGGGUGAACUCACCACAGGUAACAAAUCAUGGCUGUUUCUUGAUCUGAAGCCAUGAUCUGAAAUUGAUUUUCAAAUCCUGAUUCAACUUGUUAUGUCUAAACUUGGACUCCUGGUUUGUUUUUGAAUUUUGUCAGUGCAAUUUAAGAGUAGUUUUAAAAGAUACCAUUCAUCAGGAUAACUGUUCUUCUUUCCCAAAUCCUUAAUUUUCCAGUUAACAUUCUUCUUUCCACGGUGAGCUCUCUAUGUGUAAGGCAGACACCAAGCAUCUCAUUUUCCUUAAAGCUCAAUAUCCAUUUCUCCGGAGGAAAACUAAUGAGGGUCAUAAGAUAUAAUUAGGGAAACCAUACCUUAAUAUAAAAUCACAAAGCCUUAUAUAAUUUUUUUUGUAUGUAGCAAUCCAAGAGCAAAACAUACAAUCCUUCUUUCCAGAAAGUAUAAAACUCAUACAACAAGCCCAUUGUCCACAUGAACACAGGCAAAAUGCACAUAUUAUUAAAGAGACCAAUAAAUGUGCAAACAACUUUAGAAAUAAAAGCAGAAGCAUCCAUAUAAAAUAUAUGUGCACACCUACCAUUGCUACAGGCAGCCCUAUCCUUUAUGUGAUAGGAUGCUUAGGAAAUGGUAGAGAAAGAAAUCAGGAGUUCACAGGACAGCUCAUAGUUAUUUUUUGUCUGAGAGAUUGACUCUGAUUUGUUUAAAUGUCUUUUUUGGGUUUCAAGCAAGUAUUCUAAUUAUUCUGACCCUUUACUUCAAACCAUAACUUUUUUUACUGUGAGUUUUUUAACAUGAGAGUAAUGAACCAAUAACCAGCAUAUUGUUAACUAGAAAAUAUUUGGAAAUAUGUCCUUACUUUUUUGGGGGGGUGGGGGGUGGGGAACUGCUUAAUGUGCCUUUAAAUAUUUGUUACAUACCUUACUAAGUGCUCUUGCUUGUAGCAUUACUGAAAUAAUCAAAUUGCCAAAGAAAGAAAAAAAAACCUGGUGUUUACAUAUGUUUAAUGAAUAGUGUUUUUUACAACUGUGCAAUAUAUGUAUAUAGCUUUUUUUCUGAGUUACUGUGAAUAAAUCAACACUAUGAGCAGUCUGAUGCUAUACCUGUUUACUCAAACUAAGUCCUUAUGAAAUUGGUAAGAUUUGCUUUUGGGUACAUGUACAUACAAUGGUUGUCUUACUUUUAAAUACAAAGUAUUUAUAAAUACGCAUGUAUAGCAUUUAAGUUAUUUAGCAUAUGGGUUACCUCUACUAGUAGAUAAUGCCUAGGAAUUAAUCCUUGUUAAUUAAGUUUCAAUUAAUUUGAUAUAUUACACAUCUCAUUAAGGCAGAAUAAAUGAUGCAGUCACUCUCAUCUGACCUGCCAAAGCAGCUCAAACAACCAUAGAAUUCUAUUCUGUGGUUUGGUUAACGUAACUAAAUCAGGAACUCUUGUUCUGCCUGCUUACAAACCAGAGUUGGAAGCUAUGGGACAGCCAAGCAGAAAUGUUCAAAGACCAUUAAUGAAUCUGGUUUAAACAUAAUAUGUGAAUACAGUCACUUGUAUAUUGACUAUUUUAUUUUGGGCAGUUGUACUUUUAACUGAAUUUCUAUUGCAUUUACCUGACUUUUUAUAUUUCUGUACUGUUGUUAAUGAAAACUUCUCAAACAUCCUUUAAAGUUGAUUGUGUUUUUGUUGAACUGUUGUGUUUAGAUAAAAUACAUUAUACAUGCCUCAGACUAUAUUUUCUUGAAUAGUUGUAUUUAACCCUAUAAAUUUACUGCAUAUUUUGUGAGUACGUUUCUACUUAACCAUCAUACAACAAAACACUAUGCAAAUUAAAGAAAUCAUUGAUUACAAAAA